GCACCAGCUCUACGCUACCCCGUGUCAAGGUUUGCUUGCAAAGACGGGUGUCGAUGUGUAUCUACCGACAAUUAAAUCCAGAGUCAACAUGGCCGCCAGAGAAGCGCAGAACAGAAGCACCUGCCAGCGCCUCCCAUCAGCAUCCCCCGGGUUUCCACGUCCGGCGUUCAGCCAAUAAAAAGCGAUCCUCAGAGCACAGAACACCCGGUACCCGUCACAAAAAGCGAGGUGAACGAGUGGAGCGAACACUAAAUACAGCGAGGCACGUGUCAAAAGGCUUUUGUGUACCUGUCCGAUUUCGAAACACGAAAGCGUCUCCGUAUUCUGUGUCGCUGAGGGAGGCUAUAAAACUCUGGGCCAGGAGGAGUCUGCGCAGUUUUCGGAGGACACUUUGUGUGUGUGACAGGAAGCUGUUGUGCACGAGAGGAAGAGGACAUUGUCUUGGACGGAGCCUCGCUCCUUCACCUGUACAGGCGUUGGACGUCGAUCGGGCAAUCACCAUGGAGAUUGGGGAGCUGCGAUGGCUUCUGGUUCUGGUUGUAGUGGCCAUGACAGUGACGGGCUCCAGGGGACAGACUCAAGAUAUCGCGAACCAGGCAUGUCAGAACUCCUCGUAUCUCAUCUUCGCUGACCGGGAUGACUGCACCAAGUACUACAGAUGCGACCUCCCCGCCCCCUACAGGCCUCCUGCCCCAUCGACGAGGUGUUCGACGACGUUCGCCUGGAGUGCAGGAAGGGGGCUGUGUGCGGUCAGCGGCCGGUCACCGGUCGUCAGCUCAGCCCCCCCGCCGCCGUGGUGACGUCAUGCCUCCAGAGCGCCACGCGCCAGACGGCGGACCCUCAGUCCUGCAAGAACUACUACAUCUGCCCUAACGGGACUCUGGCCCUGCUGUCGUGUCCGGAGUUCACUCUCUUUGAUGUCGUCUCUAACCGCUGUAUACCUUUCACCGGGGUGGACUGCCAAGCCAGACCAGUUACCUACAGCGCCGACCAGCUCAGUCAGGUGUGUAGUGCCAACCCCUUCCUGCUCAUCCCCAGCUCCCAGACCUGCAACUCCUACUACAACUGUUCUCGCCGCACUGAGAGUGGCUCACCGGCCUACUACCAGGAGUGCCCGUACCUUCAGCUCUUCGACGUGAACUCCAGGAGGUGUCUCCCCUACAGCAUGGUCACGUGUGGCACACGGGGCGCACUCAAAUACAGAUGUCAACUGUCUCUAGCGAGUGUGGCACGUCACACUGCGCGCCCUGCACCGCCGUCACACCCGACUGCCGCAACCUGCCCAACGGCAAGCAACCGUUCAACAAGGGUCAGUACCGCCCCCGCUACGCCAUGUGUCAGGACGGAUGGACGGUCGACGUGCUGGACUGUCAGCCAGAUGCCCAGCGGAACCUCCCCCGCCUCUUCGACCCGAACAGUCUUGACUGCGUGUCCGUGCAGGUGGUGCCCAGACGGUUCGGGGGGCUGGCUGCUGAUGGCUAACGGCCACGACCUGAACAUCAACACCCUCCGACAUAGAACUGAACACCCCACCUCCCAUCGAGAUAUAGAAAGGCUAUGACGUCAGUAACCUAAAUUUUAAAAAUAUUAACAUUUCCAAAAGCAUAUCUAACAAUAUUAAGAAAUCCAGCAACAUAGAAAACAACUGGACAUGCAGUAGGAAUAAGAAACUACUCUCGUGGGGACAUAAACAGCAGAUGCCAAGUCAAGACACAGUGUCCAGUAAUAAAACAUGAUAUUCAGAAAAAAGGAAAAUAACAAAGAGGAAAGCGAUAAACUUGCAUCUCAAUGCAAUAAUCUCCAGAAAAUAUGAGAUAAAUAGAAAUAAGACCCUGUAUCUACUAGAAGUCAUUUUGAGGAUAUACAAGUUAAAAACAAAGUUAGAGCAACUAAACUUUAAAACUCAACGGAGAAGAAUUAACUCUGACUUUCAGUUGCCUGGCAACUCAAGGCACCGACAAUGGUUUUUUCCUAUUUUUAUAUUACUAAUACAUAAUAUUUUAUUACCCUGACAAUAUUUAUAGUAUUUAGUAUUAUACUCGUAUACAUGUAUCUGUAUCAGCGUGUAAACAUUGGUGUGGAGUUUUUAAUUUUGUUGUUACAAAGUGACUAUGUCACAUGUUCUGGCAGCCAUUUUGCAACGUUCAACUAGAGAACAGUCUCUGUAGAGAACUAAGAAGUAUAUGAAACAUUGAGAAGUGGGAUAUAAGAUCAUUUGUCUUCAUAGCAUUGAAAAAGCGAUUUUUGUUUUGUUUUUGUUUAUUGUUUAUGUUUUUUGUUGUUUUUGUUUUUGUGGGCUGUUUUGUUUGCUUGGUUUUUUUUGUUUUUGUUUUGUUUUUGUUUUGUUUUUUUUUUUGGCAAAGCACUGAAGAAUAUGUUCUAAUUUCGGAAAACUUUCCCAACCUGAUUUUGAAACACAUUGCCAUACAUUUCUUCUGUCAGUCAGUGUGACCUCGAUCACUAGAUGCUAAAAGUAACCCAUGAGGAGUAAAAAAUAAUCUUUACCUUCUGAUGAGAGGGAUUCUAAAUACGAGCAGAAGGUCUCGUGAAUCCUGCGGGUCCUCGUGCUCUAUCGAAAAACUCCAGCGCAACUAGAAGUUAACAGGUUAAAGCAAGAUGCAUGAAGUUUAAAUUACAGUAAGUCCCAUGUCAUACUGGUUAAGAGUGUGUCUGUCUCUCAUUUAUACUCCUAACAGACUUCCUGUUGAGAUCUCUGAGAAAAAGUUGAACGUUGCAAAAAGCAUCCUGGGGAGACGACUCUUGUGGUAACCAUGACGACUCUGUGAUAAUGAUGUUAUGAUGUGUAGAGAGGUGAGGAUCAAGGACAAUGGCAUUUUCUGUUCAUUAUUAUCAUCAUCAUCAUCGCUGCUUAAAUGGAGACACAUUUUAAAUAUAACCAGCUAAUAGCA